CGUAAACUGCGAGGUUUGUCCUUCCGCUCCCACCGUAGUUAUUGUAAAACAUGGCGUCCGACAGUGAUAGCGACGAGGAUUUUGUGACUUACGGGACUCCUCUGGAGCCUUUGGAAGAAGAUGAGCCGUUGAAGAAACCCGUCCCACUCCACGAGCAGACGGUGAAGGAUGAGAAGGGACGGUAUCAGAGAUUCCAUGGAGCGUUCACUGGAGGGUUCUCAGCCGGUUAUUUCAACACUGUCGGCACUAAAGAAGGCUGGGCCCCGUCAACCUUCGUGUCGUCCCGGCAACAGAAAGCUGAGAAACAUCAUGCCAGACCGGAAGAUUUCAUGGACGAGGAGGACUUCAGCGAGCACGGCAUUGCUCCCAGAGAGAUUACCACCAGUCAGGAGUUCUCGUCCAGUCGUAGAGACGCGACCAGAGAGAAGGCGAGAGCCAUCAACGCUCAGGCGGCGCUGAUCCCUGGAGACACUCUGCUGGAGGAGCUGAUCACACCUGCCAGCUCAUCCAUCGGGGUGGAGCUGCUGAUGAAGAUGGGCUGGAAGGAGGGUCAGGGUGUCGGGCCUCGAGUGAAGAGGAAAGCUCGCCGACAGCAGACGGAUGGGAGCUGCAGAGUUUUGGGCCCUGCGCUGCCCCCUGCUGGAUCAGAGCACUCAGAGGAUGAUGAUGAUGAUGGUGAUGAAGAGUUUGCUCCAGAGAACGUGACCUUUGCUCCGAAGGAUGUGACUCCGUUUGACUUCACUCCCAGGACUGGGGUUCAGGGUCUGGGGUACCGUGGUCUGGACCCGGGCCUGGCUCUGCUGGGCGGAGGGGCACCUGAACACAUCGACCUGUUCAGGCCGCAGUCUGAGGCGAGGAGUCGGCUGUUUGGAGGCGCUCACAGAGGCUCACGAAGAGGAGGCGUGGCCGGACAGGCGUUCGGGGUGGGGGCGCUGGAGGAUGAUGACGAAGAUAUUUAUCACAGAGACUCCAUGUCCAGAUAUGACACUGUGCUGGGAGGAGAGGAGCCUGGAGACGGCCUGUACGGCUGGACGGCGCCGCAGCAGUACACCAAGAAAAAAGACAAAAGCAAAGACGCGUCGUACCUCGGUAAAAUCCUGGAGGGAUUCACUCUGGCCCAAAAAUCAUCUGAGGAAAAAACAAUUUUCCCUCCUCCGUCUCUGCCCAGAGAUUAUCGUCCUGUCCAUCAUUUCCGUCCGUCACUGGAUGUUUCGGGUCUCUCUGGGGUCAGUCCGGCGCUGGCUGAGGCUCUGAGGAACUCCAGGGGUCACAUGGUCACAGAGGAGCCCCAACAAGGAGGACGCCACCAGCUGGACUCCGGCCAGAGGAGGGCGCUGCUGGGAGAAAACACCCUGCAAGGUCCCAGUUCAGUCAUGGAGCUCCUGAAACCUGAAGACCGACAACGACUGCUCAACCUCCGCAACUCCUCCAACCUGCCCUCCGCCAAAACCACCACCCCGCCCUCCCACGAUACGGCGCGGUCGUUGGCAGGGUCGGUGCCUGCAGCCUCCUCCUCUGUCUCCUCCUCUUCUUCUGUCUCCUCCUCCUCGUCUGGUUUCCAGCAGCAGCAGGAGGCUCUGACAGCUUGGAGGGGAGUCCAGAGCUCCUCGCAGACCUUCAGACCAUUUGAGAAAAACCCGAGCAAACAGGCGCGCUACGAGCUCUACCUGAAGCGCCUCCAACAGGGAGACAAAGACGGCCUGGAGCAGAGUCUGGACCCGGGGAUGACGGAGUGGGAGCGCAGCAGAGAGAGGGAGGAGUUUGUCCGAGCCUCCAUCCUGUACAGACCCACCUCCUCCUCGCUGUCCUCACGCUUCACCAGGGCCAAAAACUCAGAGGACGACGAAGACAGCGUGGAGGUCGUCCGGGACGAGGAGGGCGACGUGGAUGACAAGCAGGCUGCCGUAAAAAUGAAGAUGUUCGGAAAACUGACCAGAGAAACGUUCCAGUGGCAUCCUGACAAACUGCUCUGCAAGAGGUUCAACGUCCCCGACCCUUACCCCGGGUCGGGUUUGGUCGGUCUGCCCAAAGUGAAGAGAGACAAGUUUUCAGUCUUCAACUUCCUGACUGUGACGGAGAGCCGAGAGACUACAGCUCCUCCAAAGCCUCCAGAGGCAGGGAAAAAGUCCAGGUGGGACGUUUCAGACCAGAAGGAGAAGAAGAGUGAUCCGCUGAGUGAGCUGCUCAGCGCCGCACGACACCAGACUGAGACCUCCACAUCUGCUCUGCCUGCUCCACCUGCUCCACCUGCCUCCAGCAGCACCAGUGAUCAAACUCCAGACACUAAAACAGAGACGGAAUCAGCUGAUCAGCAGAGCUCAGACAAGAAGAAAGAAGGUGAUGAAGAGGAGGAGGAGGAAGAGGAGGAGAGCAGGCCUCCCAUGGAUCUGUUUAAGGCCAUCUUCGCCAACUCCUCUGAUGAAAAAUCCUCCUCUUCAUCAGAGGGAGAGAGCAACGACGAGGAGGAGGUGGUGAAGGACACAAAGAAGGACGAGGUCAGAGCUGACACACAGCCGCUGAACCUCUUCAACAUCACCUCCUCUGUCACCUCCUCCUCUGUCACCUCCUCCUCCGUCACCUCCAGCCAGCAGACAGCGACAGUCUCCUCUCAGAACUCGACACAACAAGAAAAAGAAGAAGAAGUGUUUGGUCCGAAGCUGCCGCCUCCUUCAGCUGCUCUCAUCAGAGGAGGCGCCACCUCCCCCUGUGAGGAGGAGAAACCCAGCAGGAGGAGCAAAGAGAAGAAACACAAGAACAAGAAGCAGCACAAACACAAGAAGGAGAAGAAGAAGAAGAAACAUAAGAAGCACAAACACAAAGCGAAGCAGCAGAAGAAGAAGGAAACAGACAGCAGCGACGAGGACAGCGACGAGGACAGCGACGGCGAGGAUGCACAUGUGACCACAGACGAGCUGCUCAAGAGACUGAAAAACAUGCGGUCACAUCAGACCUGGUGAAGACGGUGGAGUGUGUCCCCUGUGUCCUCUGUGAGGACGUCCAUCUGCUCUACACUUGAUUUUACACAGCUGGUCACAUGUUGUUACUGCGGGUUUAACAUAAUAAAAUGUUUAUA